GUUUCACAGUUGACCGUCUUCUUCGUUCUCAAACAACUCUGCAAUGAUUAAUCCCCGCAUGGAACAUGUGAGCUUCAUCUACCACUCUAUAUGUUCCAUUCUCUUCUUCAGUCUCGGAAGAAGAGGAGAGGCUGAUUUCGAUUAUCCGUUCUCUCUCUCUCGAUCAGUUCUCAGUCAUGGUAUCAGCAAAAGCUUCAGAUGAUUUCCACUUUGUUUGCAAUUCUAUUUCUUCCAACCAUUUGAUUCCUAAUCGGCAUUUCAGCUAUUAGGUUUUUCUUGUAUUACAUUUUUUUUUGAAAAGAAAGUGGGGGUUCUGCAAUUAUAUUGUCUUGUACCCUGAUUUUCCCCUAUUGAUUUGAUUCAUAUAAGGAUUGGAUUGCCCAAAUCAGUAAAUGUUCUGUACUAUUGUUGCUGUUUUUAUUUUGAUUCUGUGCAUCACAAUUAAGGGUUGAUCUUUGAGGAGCUAGCUACUUGUAAUCUCUCAUUUGCUUACCACUAUCUGUGAGGAAGAUAUGUCAGUUCUGUGUGGUGCCCCUCCGCUCAUUGAGUGUGUGUGCUGUAUGGGUUGUGCCCGUUGGGCGUGGAAAAGGUGUCUCCACACCGCAGGCCACGAAAGCGAAACAUGGGCCAUUGCGGCCUCGGAUGAAUUCGAACCCGUCCCUAGGCUUUGCAGAUAUAUAUUGGCCGUCUAUGAGGAUGAUCUCAGAAAUCCUCGAUGGGAACCCCCUCGAGGAUAUGGAAUCAAUCCAGAUUGCGUGAUUAGGAAGAGAACAUAUGAAGAUAAUUGUGGAAGAGCGCCUCCUUAUAUGUUGUACCUGGAUCAUGGUCAUGGCGACAUAGUCCUUGCCAUAAGAGGCCUUAAUUUGGCAAAGGAGAGUGAUUAUGUGGUUUUGUUGGACAAUAGGCUUGGUAAGAGGUCAUUUGAAGGAGGAUAUGUUCAUAACGGGUUAUUGAAAGCAGCCGGAUGGGUUUUAAAUGCUGAGAGUGAGAUGUUGAAGGACUUGGUCGAGAAAUACCCAAGUUAUACUCUGACUUUUACUGGGCAUUCUCUGGGGUCAGGUGUGGCGGCAUUGUUGACAAUAGUGGCGGUGAGGAACCGUGAUAGGUUGGGGAAUAUUGAGAAAAAAAGGGUUAGGUGCUUUGCCAUUGCACCAGCUAGAUGUAUGUCACUUAAUCUUGCAGUGAGAUAUUCAGAUGUGAUAAACUCUGUAGUACUUCAGGAUGAUUUCUUACCCCGGACAGCGACUCCAUUGGAAGACAUCUUCAAGUCACUAUUCUGUUUGCCAUGCUUACUAUGUGCCCGGUGCUUGAGAGAUACGUGCAUAUCUGAAGAGAAGAAGCUCAAAGAUUUAAGGAGACUGUAUGCACCCGGUCGCCUCUAUCACAUUGUUGAGAGAAAACCUUUCAGAUGCGGAAGAUUUCCCCCAACAGUAAGAACAGCUGUUCCCGUGGACGGGAGAUUUGAACACAUAGUCCUGUCUUGUAAUGCAACUUCUGAUCAUGCAAUUAUAUGGAUUGAGAAAGAAGCCCAAAGGGCCUUGGAUUUGAUGCAAGAAAAGGAGGGCAAGAUGGAGAUCCCAGCAACACAGAGAAUGGAGAGGCAACAAUCACUGGCUAAAGAACAGAGGAAGGAGUAUAAGGCUGCCCUAAAGAGAGCGGUGACCUUAGACGUGCCCCAUGCGUAUUCCCCCUCUGAAUAUGGAACCUUUGACGAUGAGGAUGAGGAGAAACGUUCUUCUUCUUCUCCACCCGUUGAAACAUCAUCGAAGAUAAGCAGAAAAGGCCGAGAAAGUUGGGAUGAAGUGAUAGAUCGCUUGUUUGUUAAGGAUGAUGAAUCCAGGUCGCAUGCUCCUACUCAAUGAACCAAACUCUCAUUAUUUUUGGUAAAUAAAUUUUGUCUGUUUGUAUGAUUGUUGUACUGUAUUAUCUUACAUACUAUAUACAUUAUUACAUAAAAUAAUGGUUGAUCUUGUGUGUAAUAGUCUAUGUUACUAAAAUAAACUGUGGUAUGUUCG